AUGCUUCCCGCACUGCUGCCCGCGCCACGCCUACUACCGCUACUGCGGCGCGCCGCUCGUGCUCAAGACCACGUGGCCGUCGCGCCAUCCGACUGGGACGUUGGCUUUGAGACGCCACCGCUGUCCGCCGACGCGCUCCACUGUGCCGCGGUCACGUGGCACGCCGGCCACCAAGAAGUCGUCUCUGAGACUGUGCUCACAAGCAGCUUCAACCUCGACCUCGCGGAUGGCUGGACGUACGGCUGGAAGAGCAGCCGCAGCCAAGCCAUUCGCGGCAGUCGCCACCACGUCACGGCCUAUGUCUUUGAGGUGACGCCACGUGGGAACUGGCGGCUUGUUGCCAAGGCGAUGUCGCCUGGCUUUACGAUUGCCACGUACCGCAGUAGUAGUGCGCCACGAGAUGACGCGGCGCUGGUGCCGACACUCGAGCACGAGACGUCGACGGCGCUCGUGUCGAGUCGCACGCAACGCAUGGCGUACCACUUGGGUCUGCUGCUCUUGUAUGUGGGCCAGGUCGACACUGUCUCGGCUACGGCCCAGCACAAGCUCGUGCAGUACCUGAUGCACCCGGCGCCGGUAUCUUCUUCCCCUCUGCACCAGCUUCUCAAGCGUAACCAGACGCCACCGAACGAUCGUACGACGAGCAGUGUCCUUGUCGACUGGCUCAUCCAUUUGCUGCAUCCGCACAACCGGACGCAGUACGAGGCCGUCGUGCGCUCGCACCGCGACUGCAUCCUGCAGCGGACCGACCUCGCCCGCGCGUACAGCGACUGCGUGCAGCUGCUGCACAGCGUGUCGGAGGCGUUCUUGGCCAAGCAGCACCAGACGUCGGUGGCGCAGGUGGCGGUCGAGGCCGUCGCGUCGCUGGCGAGUCUCUCGGCCGAGAUGACGACGCGGCUGGUGACCGACAGCUUUUUCGGCUACCAGGCGUGCGUGGCCCAUUUCCGCGAAGUGUCUCUGAGCGCCGAGGCCGCGCAGAGCGUGUGGCCAGAGCACCGUGUCCUGGGCGUGGUGCGUGCGCGGUCGUGGCUCUGUGGCGACUGGGUGGUCGACGUACCCAGUGUUCGUUUUGUGCGCCACGACGCGCUCUCGGCGGCGACGCUCGUGCGCUGGGCCUCGAGUCUCUUUCGCGUGCGCACGACGCUGCUGGGUCCGCAGCUCCACGUGCAGUCGGCGUGGCGCGUGUAUGUGAGUCAGCCCACCUGCUUUGUGCUCGACGGUCGACCGCAUGUGCAUCGAACGUGGCCCAACGGCGAGUCGACGAUGGCCGGUGCGACCCGACACCUCGAGGGCGACUACGUCGGUCGGCUUGAUGACGACGCGGUCGACCUGCGUUGCUACACGCUCGACGUCGGCGACCAGACGAGCUACUGCGCGACGCUGCACGUGGCCACGACCGAAGCGACAAGACUCCAGUGUACGGUGGAGUUGUACCAGCUGCGCGUGGCGGCGGCGUCGGACGUGGCGGCGUGGACGGCCCACGACCGCAUAGCGCUCUGGGAGAAUGAGGCGCCAACACUCGUGUUCUCGGGCGACUGGAGUUACGAGCGGGCGGCCGACGAUCUCUAAGUGAGGUCACGAACGCUGCAAAUAUGAAUAAUCGAAGAAUUGCCGCAAACACCCG